GUCUACCGCUCUCUUAAAACUCACAUCUCUAUCAAAAAGCUAACCUCACUCUUUCUGUCAUCGUUCGCGUGUCUCUAGCGUGGUGUUUUGUGGUUGUCAACGGAACGGAAGCCAUUUCAUACAGUACUUCAUCCGCAAAUUUACACGUGCUUUGCUAACAGAAAAAGAAAUAGAGAUGACUGACGUCGAACCGAAAACGCCAAAUAAUAAGAGGAAAAACUCAUUUGGCAACAAAAACUCUGCCAAAAAACAUGGCAAUGCCAAUACGCCGCAGAAAAAUCAGAAAGUAAAUACACCUUUUAAUAAUAAAAAAUCCCCUAAGGGUCAGCAAAAUACCCCACAACUACAGAAAGGAAAAGGUCAGCAGAAUACCCCCCAUCAACAAAAGGCAAAUAACACGCCUCAAAAACAAAAAACGCCUAAGUCCGAGAAUCUCCUCAAUGGCAAUGCAAAGGUUGCCCAGAAGCAAAAUGAGGCUACACCUAAUAAGAAGGUAAAACCUUUCCCUGGUACGGGGAAUUUGCAGACUCUGAAAAUCAAAAAAGAAAAGUCGGACUCUGAUAUGGAGACUGGAACGGUAAAUUUUACGUCUAAGAAAAUUAAAAAAGAAAAGGAAGAUAGCUCUAGCCCUAAUAAACAAACAGGAGAAGAGAAGACGAAAGUUAAACAUCAAAAGAUCAAGAAAGAAAAAGGUGAACGUAAAGAAGGAAAAGAGGGUAAGAAACGUAGAGCUGUAUAUGCACAAUUAAAGGACAAAGUUAGACAAGGUGAUGCAGAGGCACUUGCAUCUAUUAGAGAAAAGAUCCAAGGAUUUGCAGAGCGCCAACAGAAAGGAGACCUCUCUAAAACUGCAAAGAGGAAGUUGAGUAUAUUGCAGAGGUUACAAAGAGCUUUAGAAGAAAAAGUUGAUCCCGCAGCAGCAGCAGCAGCAAAGAAGAAGAAUGUUGUAGCUAAACAAACUAACAAACCAGCCCAAAAUCAAGCACCUGCAAAUAAAAAACAACCAAAAAAUAAACAGCAGAAUAAAAGUGCACCUCCUAAUAAAAAAUCAAAAUUGAUGGUUAAGGAAGAGUCUGAUGAGGAAGAUGAAGACGAAUCUGACGAUGAGGAUGCUGAGGCAGAAGAAGAUAGUGAUGAAGGUUCAGAUGAAGAAGGUGAAGGUUCAGACGAGGAAGAUGAUGAUGACGAAGAGGAAGAUGAUGAAUCAGAAGAAGAUACCCCCCAACCACCACCCAAGAAAGAAGUCACAAGUAAAUCAAAGAACACAGUAAAAGACAGUAAUCUACCAAAAAAAGAAAUCAAAAUUGAUGAUUUGAAAAAGAAAGAUCUUCUACCGCCAAAACAAUCUGUAAAAAAUAAGACAAGGUAUGUUGUAUUCGUCGGUAAUAUACCUUACGACUUGAAAAAGGAGGAUAUAGUAGAACACUUCCAAACAUGUGGAGAAAUAAGGCAUAUUCGAAUUCCUACUGAAAAAAAGAGCAACAAACCUAGAGGAUUCUGCUAUGUAGAGGUUGCUGAUGAGGAAUCUUACCAGGUAAGUUAUUCAGAGAUUAAAACCUAUAUCUCUUUGCCUCGCUGUUUUAUCGUGAGCCACAGUUUUUUAGAAGUUUUGUACUUUUCAUAACAACAGCAAAAUAGCUAUUUUUUCCCUGUUGAUCAAAUAUUUCUCCAGAUUCAAAACUCGAUGUGAUUGAAUUCUGAAAUUCUCUUUGACGUCUGACAGCAUCAUUUUUGAUUAAACAAAAAAUGCCUUUCCAAGCAUCAUUCCUUCAUGAAGGGUCGUAGAAUAAAUGUCCAAUAUACACAUGGUGGUAAGAAGAAAGGUGAAAAUGAAAAGAAAGUGGUUAAAGCAAAGAACCUUAAAUUGCAAGCUUUGCGAAAAUCAGGAAAAUUAUCAGGUAGCAUAAAGGAAAGUCAAAAGAGGUCUUUUAGAAGAAAUAAGCAUAAGCAAAUGUCUGAGAAGAAAGAUGAAUAGAAAUCUUCAUGGCAGGAGGUAUUUUAGUGAAAAUAGUGCUGUUUAUAGUCGUCACCUACUUGCAAUGGACUUGUUAUAAUUGCUAUUGCUGUUUUACUUGCAAAACGGCAACAGAGUAGGUGAUCACGUUGUAUUGCAGUACUGUAACAGACCCAUAUUAAGGUUUAGAUACCUAUGUGCCUCUCUUCUGGGAUUAGAGGACGACAUUAAUGUGUUUUGACAUGCUUUUAUUCUUUAAUGGUUAUAUUGUAAUACUCAUAUAAUCAUUGUAUUUGGUGUAAAUUGCAACCAUUGUUAUGCACAAAGAUUAUGAAUUAUGAUGUUUUACUAUUAAGACUAACAUUUGAGUCGAUUAAAUAAACAUGUUUAUUUGGUAAAAUA